CCGUCCGCAUACUGCACCUCAUAUUCACUUUCGCAUGCGCGCACUUCACCCAUCAGCAGUGCAUCCAGGCGUGCAAGCCAGCGCAAUCGUGCCGCAUCUUUACCCAUCCAAACCAGCCUCACAGUCCCCUCCCAAGCCCCACGUGACCGGUGCUGCGUGGAGCGCAUGCCGUUCUCGCCGCGCAUGGCAGACCAGCGAUAACCCAAGAUGAACCCCGCGGAGCUCACGCUCGGCAUCUCCCCGAGUCUCACCACCAAACCCAGCGCCACCCCUCUCUCCCUCUCCACCAAGACCGGCAAGGCGCCCGUGCCCCGCAUCGAACUCGAGCCCAUCUACACGCAGCUGAAAGCGGCGCUCGGCGACCAAUGGACCGACUACAAGACCGCCAUCAAUGCCUUUGUGCUCGGCAGCCUCAACCAGGCCGAGCUCAGCUGGGUUCUGCAGCCCCUCCUCUCCGCUGCGCCCUCUGUCAUCACCUCCACCAACUCUAACUUCUCUCCUAUCUCCACGCUUGGCUUACACAAUACCCUCCUCACCUCCAUCUACGCCAACACCCUACGCGACCCGCCUCCAACCGACGUAGCACCAUGGGUCGUCGCAACGGACAAGCCUGCCGCCACGUCCAAGAAUGCAGGCGCGAGCGGCGCCAACGACAAAGCGGAGGAGCGGCUGCGGAAAGAGGUCAUGGCCAUCCACGCGCGCGACCGCCGGCGCAUCAAAACGCUCAAGGAAAGCGGGAAGCCCGUCAACGACAGGCUGACGGAGAUGCUGGACUACCGGAAUGAGCUGGCUGUCAAGCCGCCGGAUGUUGUUGCGCCGCAGGGCGCGGCAGGCGGGAUUGCGAAGACGAGCUGGGAUGUACAGAUUAAGCAGCGCUUCGCGCAGAACCUUGCGGCGGAGACGCUGGAGUUUCCUGCUUCGAAGGAUGUGCAAGGCCGUAUUGAGCCGAUUUGCUACGAGGAGGGAUUGGUGGGGGGCGUAGUAUCGGGUGGCGUAGAGGGGUGCGUAACGCUGCUGGAGCGCGCGACCGAGAUCUACCUCAAAGAGCUCCUAGGCCAGAUGUUUGCGCAUACGCGCGCAAACGCCGAGCGCUGCAUCCAGACGAGUGGAUACCGGCGCCGGCUGCGGCAGGAAGAAGAGGGCGCCGAGCGCGGCGCCAUUCAGCGAAAUGCAUCUGGUUUGCUGCCGGUGGAGCUGGGGAUGCAGACGAAGCGCCAUGCCCUCGAUAUGGAUGAUAUGCUCCUCGCCGUGCGGCUGGAUGAUGCAUAUCUGAGGCAAGAUCCGUUCCUGUCGCAUCGCGUCCUGCUCAAUGGAUACCCCGAUAUCCCCGCGCCCGACGCUGCCGCACAAGGCGUCAAUGGCAUUGCUCCUACCGUGAACGGAGCACUCACGGACCGUGAAAGGGGCGCAGGCGGCAUGGAAGACGGGAUGGAAGGUCUAGAGUCCGAAUGGAGCUGGCGCGGCUCGACCAAGUCGGACGUGAAUGAUUUAAUGGGCGUUCUCGACGAGUGUUUGGCGGUCGCAUAGAGGCGACAGGCUCUCUUUUGAUGUGGUGUCUUCUACACAUUGUCACGGCGUUCUUCAGAGGGGCUGGUUUUGGGAUCGGGAAGGGCAUGUAUUGGGGCAGGGUCGUUUCUGCGAUACCCUCUGGUCAUUGGGAUUUGGUGGGGCAAGGAUGUGCUAGUACCUACUCGCCUUACGACUAUUGUUUGUAUAGGACCGUAUGUAUCAAUUGUUGAACCUUCA